GAGUAACAAAACUGAAGGUAUUUGAAGAUGCUUUCAACCAUAAGAGUCCAGAUGAUGUGAAAGCAUAUGGUGUGACACUAGAAGGGAGUGGUCAGUUUUCGAAACCACCAUCCAAGGGUGAUAGUGGUGGACCUGUAUCUUGCAAAGUUGCCUAUAACUCCACACAAGAGGUCGUAUUAGGAGUCCUAAGUUCGACAUCUGUGGAUGGAUGUAGAUCAAAAGAUUUUUGUACAACACAAGCCAUGUCUAUUCCACACCACAUGCAGUGGAUAAUGGACAAAGUCGCAGAUUGGGCAGGAUGGGGAGAAUGGUCAGCGUGUUCCGCGAAUUGUAAGGGACUGGGAUGUGGGUAUCCGUGCGCGCAAGGGAAGCGACAACGUACACGUGGUUGCAUCAAACCAAUCAGCUUUGUGGAAAUUGACGCUCGUUAUGGAAGAUUUAAAGAAAGAUGUUCGUUCGAUACAGACAAAGAAGAUUGUACCAUGAAUCAUGAAUGUGCGAAUUCAUUUUGGGGAAAAUGGUCUGAGUGGGGAAAAUGCAUAACAAAAGGCGGAGACAAAGUGAUCUCGAUUCGAGAAAGGAAGUGCAUAAUGGAGGACGGAAAAAUAGACCCCAGCAAAGAGAACUGUAAACCUCGACACGAUGGCAUCACAUCAAGAGAAAUUCUUCCAUGCAUGACCAAAAGGAUGGGGCAUACAAGGAGUUCAAGAAAUGAAACACAACUUGAUCACUUCAAAGAAGCGUGCAAGAAAGGGUCGAAAAAUCAGGUUAUAUUAGCAGGUUUCUACUACAAUGGGAGAUUAAUGUGUGCUGGAACCCUCAUCAAUAAGAAGUGGGUACUGGCACCGGCAGAUUGUUUCAGUAGUUCUGGGACGAGUGAUCCUUCGACUUGCAUUAACAAAAAGGAUUGGAGAGUGAAAUUCACCAAGCCAAUGUCAUCAACUGGGGAUGAUACACAACGAUGGAAGUUAUCAAUGAUAAUAUUAGAUCCAGAAUAUGAAGUUCUGGAUCUUGAAAAGCGGUUGUUUAAGAAUAACAAGGCUAUGAUUAAACUUGAAACCUCGUUUGAGAAGACCGAUGGAAUUUGUGUUGGUGCAUUUGAUCAAGACAAUCCUAGGCUAAAGGCGACACAACCUGUGCUUGGCAGUGGCAAUUACAAGAAUUAGUUGAUAUACUACUGGUCAACUAACUGUCUGGAAACAAUAAGUCUGAACGAGUUGACAAUAAAUUUGAACGAGUUGACAAUAAGUCUGAGUUGAUAUACUGGUCUAUUACUUGGAUAUAAUUUGCCUGGAGACAAUAAGCCAGACUGUUUUCUUUUAUAUAUUUAUUACCUUUAUUCCAACAACAGUUUUCAUUUUCAUAUUAGGCUAAGAUGAUCAAUGAUUCCAGUUUUGUUUUGGUUAAAAAUCAGAACUUGUCUCUUGGCUAUUGAAACAUCCUCAUAUCUAUCGCAUACAUAUUAUGUGUUAAAAUGCAACUUUAUCAAAAUAGUUCAAUCAUUUCUAAUUUUCCUAUAUUCCUAAAAUUAACAUUGUCAGUAUGACAUUACAAGUAUCACAAAUCAUAAUGCGAAAAUUAUUUUAUAUUGAAAUGAUUUAAAAAGUCAUUGCAUGGAUAUACCAUAUACAUAUCAUGCAAUGUCUUCCAACGAAUUAUCUUCUUUGCAUUUGAAUGCUCUAAGCCAAGUUACACAGGAAAUAUUCUGAGUAUCAUAUUGUAAACUUAAUUUUCUUUUAUCAGUGCUCAGUUUUCUAAAAUCUGAACUUCUUUCUGUCGUUUUAAAAAUAGCUUUGAAAAUGUUACAUAGAUGGCCCUCACGUCAAACUGUAGUCCAAAUCAAAUCUAGAUGGUCAAGCGGCAAAAUGCAUUAUUUAACCUUUAAUGAGAGCUAUUCAAAUUAAUUAAUUGAUUAAUUGAUUGAUUAAUUAAUUUAUCAGCAAUUCAUAUAGGCAUAUUCUUGAUUUUUACCAUCUCAAUUUUGGGCGUGAAAUGAACUUUUAACCGGGGCACUAUAUCAGACCAGAAUGAUGAAUCACAUACUUGUGUAACACGAUUUCAUAGAAAGAAAGAAACAGCAUAUGUAGGUUGUUUAUGUUAACCAUGUUGAUGGUAGAAUAAUGUUAUGAGUGU